GAAUGACAACCUUGAAGAUCUCUUUAGGGUACGAUCGUCAUUUAAAUUCCGCGAUGUUAAGCGCUCUAAAAAAUUCCAGACCGAAGGAUCAGGAGGUGUACGACAAUGUGAUUGAUGGGCUUGAAAAAUUGUACUUUAAAAAAUUACUUCCUCUAGAAAAUUUGUACAAAUUCCAUGAUUUCCACUCACCUCCGCUUGAAAAAAGCGACUUCGAAUCGAAGCCAAUGGUUUUGCUUAUUGGUCAAUAUUCCACAGGAAAAACAACUUUUAUACGUUACCUAAUUGGUGAAGACUUUCCUGGCAUCCGAAUAGGUCCCGAACCAACUACAGAUAGCUUCAUAGCCGUCAUGAACGAUGCAAGGAGUGGUAUUAUUCCUGGAAAUGCUCUUGUAAUGGAUUAUUCAAAGCAGUUUAGACCUCUUUCUAAAUUUGGAAACGGCUUUUUGAAUCGUUUUCAGUGUGCGCACAUGCCCAAUGGUGUUUUGGACGGAAUAACGUUUAUUGAUACACCUGGUAUUUUGAGUGGCGAAAAGCAACGUGUCGAUCGUGGUUACGACUUUUCAGGUGUUAUCGAGUGGUUUGCAGAGCGCGCAGACAGAAUCAUCUUGCUUUUUGACGCUCACAAAUUGGAUAUAUCGGACGAAUUCCGCCGAGUUAUCGAAGUUUUAAAGUCGAACGAAGACAAAAUACGUAUUGUUUUGAAUAAGGCAGAUACAAUUGAUUCUCAACAACUUAUGAGAGUGUAUGGUGCUUUAAUGUGGAGUUUAGGAAAAAUAUUGAAUACACCUGAAGUAGCACGUGUAUAUAUUGGUAGUUUUUGGGACCGUCAGUUAGUAUUUGAUACUAAUAGAAAGUUGUUUGAAUUGGAGAAAAUGGAUUUGUUUCGUGAUUUGGCUACUCUACCUGCAAAUGGUACUCUGAGAAAAUUGAAUGAUUUCAUUAGACGUGCUCGUCUUGCCAAAGUUCAUGCUUAUGUUAUUUCGUAUUUGAAAAAAGAAAUGCCAACAAUCGUUGGUAAAGAUGCUAAGAAAAAGGAGCUUAUCAAUAACUUAUCCAAAGUAUACGAUACCAUAUCACGUACACAACAUAUAUCAAUUGGUGAUUUCCCUAACAUUAACAGAAUGCAAGAAUCUUUAGAAGUACAUGAUUUUAGAACAUUUCCUGCACUACAACCAAAACUAAUCAAAGCUGUCGAUGAAAUGUUAUCGAGUGAAGUAGCAAAAUUAGUACAAAUGAUUCCAAUGGAACGUGAUGCAAUCGUAGAAACACAUGGUGCAGCUGUUACAGGCGGUGCAUUCGAUACCUCUGGUACACCUUUCAGUUUUCAUGCUGGUGAAGGAUUUGAAGAGGGUCGCUUUGAAAAGGAAUGGAUUGUUGAUCGUUUUAGAGAACCAUGGGAUAAAGAGUUUCUGAAACUAAAUCCUAUGGAUGGUAAAAUCAGCGGUGAAGCUUCACGUAGUCAUAUGGUCAAAUCCAAUUUGCCUUAUAGUGCGUUGAAAAAUAUUUGGAUUCUAGGUGAUAUUGAUCGUGAUGGUUGUCUAGAUGCUGAUGAAUUCGCUUUAGUCUGUUAUAUAAUGAAAUUAAAACUAGAAGGCUACGAGUUACCUCCUGCACUUCCUGCCCAUUUAGUACCACCAUCUAAAAGAAAUUCUGAACAAACACUUCGUAAUGGUUACCAUAAAGAAUAAUUCUCGCGGCAGAAGUUUUUAUUUAUUGACUAAGAUGAACACACAAACCCCACGACAAAAUAAGGACAAAGAACUACCGUCAGCUUACUUUGGCUUUUUUGUCGCUGCUAUUAAUUAUAACAUUUGCUUCCCACUUUUCUUCGAACGGAUCAUCUAGUCUAAAAAUUUUAUUAUAUAUAAUAACAAUUUUACGUUUCAGAACAUUUUCUUUUCAAUUUCAGCAUGCCAGUUAAUCUCUACAAACAUUUUUGGUAAUAUUAAUAUUGCUAACCAAAUAGUAUUUUUCAAUUCUGUAUAAAAAAAAUAUAAGAAGGAGGUUAUGAUCAUUUGGAUCGUUAUCAUACUCCUUUUGUUUUUCAUGUGCCUUUUCAUUUUGUUUGUUCUUGUUUGGAUAUAAUUUUUUUUGUUUUACAAGUCUCAUAUACAACAGAUCUCUGAUAAUCCUUUUAAGUUCUCAUCAUUAUUACUACUAAUAUUAUCCUUAUAUUAUAACUGUUUAUGCUGGUUAACAAUGUUAAUUGGAUGUUUGUUUUGUUUUGAGGAAAAGAGAUAGAGGAAUAAAAUUGACCAAAAUAGGAAAUAAUGUUUUAUUUGUAAAGUGAAAAUGCAAUACAAUAAUAUAGUUGAACCGCUAUUCAACCGUGAAAGUAGAUAAUCGUCAAAGAAUAAAUUUGCGGAGUAAUUAACCUUAGCCGAACAUUUUAAAAUUGAUAUCAUAAACUUCUUAUUGUAUGCCUAAAGUUAUCGAACCAGGUCAUCAUAAGAUAGCUUUGAAAACAAAAAUAACUUUGUCAAUAUUUUGUCUUGUUUACAACAAUCUACUGAACUUUGUUAGUACUUUGUAAUAAGUGCCUGUUUACAUUCACUUCUAAAGAAACUGGUAUUUGAUACUUUUUGAUUAUCGCUGGAUUUAAUGAUUCACGCCUAUGUGGAAUGAUUAUUUCCCUAUUUUGUUCAGGGUCGAAAUUUUGUGUAUGUUUAUUUUGUAUACGCUAAUGACUAGAUUUAUUUGUUUACUAUAUCAGUAUUUUGUCUACAUAGCACUGUGCAGAAAUAUGUACUUUUGAGAAAAAAUCCAAUACUUAUAGAAUCUAAUUAGAUUCAUGGCUACGUAAUGUUUCAUUUUUUUGAGUGAUAAAUUGUGUAGAUAGUAUAUUUUAGAUUGAUCGGGGUUGAUCAGUCUUCAUCAUCAUAAGGCGUAUGGCUUUAGGUUGUUGCCUGGCACAUCACAGCGAAAGAGUACUGAUUUCUACCAAACAUCUUUGCUAAGACCUGGGAUAGGACUCGAUAGAAUAGGUGGAGAAUGUUUAAUGAUGCGUCCAGCGUGCAAUUGUAUCUACCAUAGAAAGAAAAAUAUUACGACAACUAAUACUCAGGUAUAUAUCAAAAUUGAGUAACUAAAAUCAAAUUUAAUAUCAUUAAGUAAAAUGACACAUUUCUUCUAAAGUUUGAAUAAAGCCAGAACAAAUAUUGAU